ACGCGCGCCGCUCGAAGUCGCCUCCCAUUUCGCGGGUCGCCGGCGCGACGCACGGGCGAGCCCCGCCCCGCUUCCCCUCCAGAUCUCGGGGCCUUCCAGAAUCUCCGCCCCGGCCACCCCGCAGCCUCCGCCGGAUCCAGAACCUUCCAGAACCCUGCGCGCCGUCCUCCUCCCCUCCGCCCGGAUCUCGACAGCCCUUGGCGGGCGCGGCGCCGGCGGCACGAUGGCGGCUGUACAAGGACCAGUGCCCCUUGGAACUGCUAGCCGCAACGGCAUCGCUUCUGAGGAGCCUAAAGUUGUCGUGGCGGAGAAUGGGAAGACGGUUGAUGAUGUUCAGGACAAGGAAGUCAGCACGGAAGGCCUCUGCUCCAUAAGCGCUUAUGAUCGGUGGACGCCGCUCUCUGUCUCGGGACAGCUUCCGAGACCCCGCUACAAGCAUGGAGCUGUUGUGGUUCAGGGGAAGAUGUAUGUCUUUGGUGGCAAUCACAAUGGCCGUUACCUUGGUGACAUUCAGGUUCUGGAUUUCGAAAGUCUUUCAUGGUCAAAGCUGGAAGCUAAAUCACAAUCAGGACCUUCAGAAUCAGCUGAAGCAGUUCCAUUUGCUGCAUGUGCUGGUCAUUCACUGUGUAUUUGCAUCUGGCUUUAAUAUCUUCCAGAUUCCAUGGGGAAAUAAGAUCCUAUGUCUUGCAGGACAUACCAGGGAACCUACAGAAAGUCUCAGUGUUAAAGAGUUUGAUCCACAAACAUGCACUUGGUCAACCUUGCGUACUUAUGGAAGCUCACCAAGCUCACGUGGUGGUCAAUCAGUGACUCUUGUUGGCGAUACAUUGGUUGUGUUUGGCGGUGAAGGUCACGGGAGAUCUCUUUUGAAUGAUCUUCACAUUCUUGAUCUGGAGACCAUGACUUGGGAUGAAUUUGCGACCACAGGGACUCCUCCUCCUCCACGGUCAGAGCAUGCUGCUGCUUGCUUUGCAGACCGGUAUCUUCUGAUAUUUGGUGGGGGAUCUCAUUCUACAUGUUUCAGUGACCUACAUGUCCUCGACACCCAGACAAUGGAAUGGUCAAGACCAGAGCAACAAGGUGUUACUCCAGAAACAAGAGCAGGGCAUUCAGGUGUAACUAUUGGAGAAUAUUGGUUUAUUAGUGGCGGGGGAAAUAGUAGGAAAGGUGUUUCGGAUACUCUUGUACUUAACAUGUCUACUUAUGAAUGGUCAGUUGUCACUGGUCUUGAGGCCCGUGCACCCCCUACAAGUGAGGGCUCGAGUUUAGUAAUGCACACGAUUAAUGGAGAAAAAUUUCUGGUGUCAUUUGGAGGAUACAGUGGACGUUAUAGUAAUCAGGUUUAUGCCCUCAAGGCAAGUCUAAAAUCAAGUGUCCCGUUUCAACAAAUAAAUGAAGCUGGGACAAAUGGCAUUGCCCCCAUAUCUGAAGCAGCAAACUCUAGCAGGAAAGUCAUAUUUGAAAUUGAGGAACUUCAAGAUAAGCCUGGCAAUAAGGCAGAUACCAGCAAAACCGCAGCGCAAGUAGUUAAGGGUGAAAGAAACCAAAUAGAGGACAAACUUAACCAAGAGCAGUUGCAGAGUCUUCGCCUGAGGCAGGAACUAGCUAAUGUGGAGAGAAGAAAUACAGAACUUACUGAGGAACUCCACUUAGUUAGAGAUCAACUUUCUGCCGAACAAGAGAGGGCUUCCAAACUUGAGGAUGAGGUUUCGGAGAUUCAAGAACGGCUACAGAAGAUGGAUGCCCUAGAAUUGGAGUUUAAAUUGCUUCGUGGUGAAAUAGACUCUGGGUCUAACACAGCAGCAGCAAGUACCAAUCAACCGCCCCGUGGGGGAUUCUGGAGGUGGAAUGGAUGACCGUGAGCUAGAGUGUUGGAGAGAAGAUACUUCUGGAGUUGCAUUCAUUUGAUUUUGUCAUUUCUCAAAAUUUUGAUGGAUAAUACAAUAUGAAUCCUUGGACGAUAGAUCGGAAGCAUAUAUAUGGUUUUACAGGCAAAGAACAGACUAUAAGCAAAUCGCAGUCCCAUCAGCUGUGCAAAGAAGCGUUGAAUGUCAAUUUCAUGUGUCGCCAGUAUUUCUGGGUACUGCUUGUCAA